AUGCUUGACUGUAAAGCAGCCCCAACUCCAGGAUCUGUCAACAAACAAUUAUCACAAUAUGAUGGUACACCCCUUGACGAUGCCACUGAAUAUUGUCAGAGAAUUUUGAGAUAUCUUCGAGGCACACAACAUCAUGGCAUAGCUCUUUCUGCAUCGUCCAACUUUCAUCUUGCUAUUGUUGCUGAUGCAGAUUUGGCUUCCUCUCCUGAUGACAGAUGCAACACCAAUGGCUCUUGUGUCUUGUUUGGUGAUAACAUUGUGUCUUGGUCUUCCAGCAAACAAAAAGUUGUGUUCCAUAGCAGUACAGAGGCUGAAUAUCGUUCUCUUGCCAACACUAUUGCCGAGCUUACAUGGUACAAAUAUCUCUUCACUGAGUUUCAUCUGCCUAUCACCUCCAAUCAUUUGGUGUGA